AUGAAAACAAAGAGAUGGACUCGGAACAAGGUGUGCGGUUGUGAUUCUUGCUAUCAAAUCGCAAGGAAUGUUAGCAAGAAGGCAUUAAAACAAAGGUUCAAAAAAACAAUCAUACAAUCAUACAAUCAUACAAGGAAGUUAAAUGGCAAGAGGGUAAAUGGCUUACCUUGUGAUAAAUAUGCAACUGGAAAAAAAUGGGUUUAUAACUGUUCCCGUCACCCAAGGAAGACCAGCAGUUGUGACUAUUGUAACAUGUCUUUCAUUGUUAUAGAAAUCCUGCUUUGGACGGUCUGUCCAGAGUCCACUUUCAUACCGGUGUCCUAUGCUCUGAAUGCAGUAGAAGUUGGUGCUUUCAUUUUUCAUACAAGCUCUCAACUAUCUUGUCGCAUAUAUCUAGUGGUGGCACUUCCUCUGAUUCCUGUUUUUUGUAAUGAGAUUUCUGCCUGUGUUGUUAGUGUUAUUGGAGGUGUGGCAGCUGCUUGCUAA